AUCAUUUAAAGUGUUAAAAUCGAUGCAGGCCGUUAAGACAUUUGUAUAGUUUUAACAAGAACGGAUGAAAUAUUCUCGAGUGUAAUAUUACAACACUUUAUGCAGCAUUUGAUCGUUAUUUAGUGUGAGUAAAGCGCAUCAGAAGGGGCGCGUCUCAUAUCGCUCCCGAUAUCGAGAAUCAGUUUAUCAUAAACACGAAUUUGUUCAGUGGCGAGUAGUGAUGGAGAACCGGAGCUUUUUGAAUGUCCGAAUCAAUUGAUUCACCAAACGAUUCACUUGAAUCAUCGCUCGCUGACGACACCGAGGGGCGUAACCACGCGAGAUGUCAAACGAGAUGUUGUUUGUCGGGCCGCGUACUCUCUGAGUAGGCACUUAAUUUCAAUAAGUAUUUACUUAACGAGCGUUAAAUGAGUACUCUACAGUCAAAUCUCGUUGAGCAUGAAUGCGAUGUUGGCGUUAUAAUGUGACCUAAGACGUUAUAACAAGCCCAGCAACUUAAAAGACAUGAGCGACUGGUUUAAUUCAUCUGUCUGACAAAGUGUCCACAUAGACAGGAAAAACUCCUGGCGAAGCAACUGAGAUCCACGUGACACUGUUAUAAAGAUGGCGUUUAUUAAAGAGGAGAAUGAAGACAUGAGGAUUGAAGAAGUCCUAGUCAAACAAGAAGAAACUGAUGAACAAAUAGACCUGAUGCCACUGAAAGAAGAGAGUCAAGAACUGAAUGAAAUGAAAGAAGAAUAUCAUGAUUUUAUAACUGGGAAAAAAUCCACAAAGACCAAAAAUGCGUCCUCUCAAAAAAUAGCCCAGAAGAAAUCUUACGAGUUUUGCACCUGCCAUCAGUGUGGAAAGAGUUUCAGUCAAAAACAAAACCUUAAAAUCCACAUGAGAAUUCACACGGGAGAGAAACCUUACACCUGCCAUCGAUGUGGAAAGAGUUUCAGUCAAAAAGGGAACCUUAAAAGCCACUUGAGAAUUCACACUGGAGAGAAGCGUUUCACCUGCCAACAGUGUGGAAACAGUUUCACUCAAAAAGGGAACCUUAAAAAACACAUGGGUAUACACACUGGAGAGAAGCCUUUCACAUGUGAUCAGUGUGGAAAGAGUUUUACACAUAAAGACAUCCUUAAUUCCCACAUGAGGAUUCACUCAAGAGAGGAUUGUUUUAAAUGUCAGCAGUGUGGAAGAAGUUUCGCUCAUAAAGUAAGCUUCAAGACUCACAUGAGAGUUCACACUGGAGAAAAGCCUUACACAUGCUCUCAGUGUGGAAAGAGUUUCAGAUAUAAACUAUCCCUCGAUUCCCACAUGAGAAUUCACACCGGAGAAACCCCUUACACCUGCAAACUGUGUGGGAAGAGCUUCUCACGAAAAGGAUCUCUUAAGACUCACAUGGACAUUCACACCGGAGAGAAGCCAUUCACGUGUGAUCAGUGUGGAAAGUGUUUCAGACGUAAAGUAACCCUUAAUGAACACGUGAAGAUUCACUUUAGGAGAUAACAGCUUUAGAUGUCACCAGAAAAUUACAAAUAUGUAAAUAUGGGAACUAGAUCAACUUUUUCUUAAUGGAGGGUGAGUAGAUUUCCCUCUACAGGUGGCCAUGUAGUUUAUAAAUUCUACCUGUGAGCUAUGCAAAGAAUGUAUGAACAGAGUCACCUGAUUGAAGUAUUAACAAUAAACACCCUUUUAAAAAUGAAACCAAGAAGUAAGACCUAUACUUCCAUUGCCUCUCCCCACAUACUCUCAAAUAUUUGUAUUCCCCAGGAUACAGAAACACUUUUAGGGUUAAGAAUCAUGUAAUAACUACAUUUAAAAAGAAAAAGAGCUGAUUGCCUUGCAUUAUUCACCACAUAUAGCGCAAUCUGAUCCCUAAACAUGUUUUGUCAAAAAAGCCUGUAUUGUCCACUUUCAAGGCAUCGCGAGUUCACAUUUUACCGACAAGUCCAUUUUAGCAAAUCAGGUCAGGUGACAAGGCUACUUUGAGUUUGAAAAGAUGUGCAAGCUGAGAAGAGUUUCAUCAAAGCUGACUAAAAGUGAUCGAGGAUGGAUAAUUUCUACGAACUUGAUGAACCUGUGACAUCUUCUUCAGGGUGUAAAAGGAAAAUAAAAGCUGAAACGUUUUCACGGAGCCUUGCAAAAGCAGCUCGUUACAAUGGUGAGGGAAAAGCUCUGUGCACGUGUAAUUACAUCCGUACAGUCUAUGAUCACAACAACGUUUGUCAGGCAUCUACAUCUGAGGAGAUUACAAAGAUUAAACGAGUGUUUUUUAAACACUGAAAUGUGGAGUUAUCAGUUUUUUCCAAAAAACGACUGUUGGAGUUAUCUGCUUUUGCUAAAAAACAAACGUUUAAUAUGUAAAAAAAAAACUUUUAUUUUGUAAGUUAUCUGUAUUUAAGUUAUUAUUACUUAAUCAAAACAACCCAACUGCAGUUUGAUUAAUAUUACUUGGAAUGCGCAAUAAAAAAAAAACGAUGGAGUUAUUCAUGUUAUGUGGAGCAGCAGUAUUUCUUACAUGCUCACAGCAGCAUGCAGUAUUGGCAGUAGCAAUCUCGGUACUUGUUCUGCCGCAGCAGCAGCGUAGCAGAUCUAUUCCGCCAAGACCAAACACAUUAACAUGUACAUUAUUACCAUGCAAAUCACUCUGAGAGUUGUCAUGACAGAACUAAUUAUUUGACAAAAGCAGCUCUGGUUCAGGUGUGAAAAGGCAGCUGAGGUAAGUUAGCUUGAUUGUUUUUUGUAGCAUAUAGGAGUUGGCUACAGUUAAUACAAUAUAUAUCAUAAGCAGAGUUGGGUAUAACGCGUUACUGUAUUCUAAUUACUUUUCCUGGUAAUGCAAUAAAUGGAUGUAAUUUGAUUACAGUUACUAAUGUCACUUAAGUUACAAAUGCAGUGUUAAAAAUAUGAUGAUAAAAAAAUCAUGUUUUGUGUGUCAGUAUGUCGUUCAAUAAAUCACCGGAGAUUGCGAGCUAAUGCAGACAAGUCCUACAACAUUUAGAUGCAAUGAAAGGUUUGAAUCUUUCUUUGCUUACAGAGGUGAUGUGGACGUUUACAUAUUCGCGCAUCUCAAGCCUGGUUUCGCGUGGAUGAUUAUCGAAUAUCGUGCGAUGUGCGUGGACAUGAUCACAUUAUAGGUGAGUUCAGACGGAAAAGACUGUACCUCGCGUUGGUUUCAUAUGAAUUAUUUUAUCAGAGAAUAUUUGUUUUCAACAUGACUUCAUUUAAAAAUAGACACUUCAAGCUUUCUUUAGAUAUAUUUCUAAUGUAAUUUUUGUUCAUUUUAGGGACUCGUUUCAGGAAGAUAUUC